UGUGCCACUUUCAGGUCUCCUCACACACUGCUGGUGUGUUCCAUUUUUUGUCAUAGGGUGCUGGCAGAUUACGGGCCUCCCAUUGCUGCUGCCAGGCCCGUAAUCUGCCAUGGGCCCCUGUACCGCCUCCUCAUGCUGCUGCCAGGUCCAGAGUGUGUCAUGGGUCCCUGUACGGCCUCCCAUUGCUGCUGUCUCCAUCGCCACACUCUGCCAUGUGCCACUUUCAGGUCUCCUCACACUGCUGGUGGUUUCCAUUUUUGUCAUAGGGUGCUGUAUGGCCUCCCAUUGCUGCUGCCUCCACCGCCACACUGUGGCUCCACACUCUGGUUUUGGCCCCGUGACUGCCCAAAUGAGUGAAGUGUGCGGUGAUUCUAAGAUCGACGGCACUCAUCUGCAUGUCAUACUG